AUGAUUUCCGUUAACGGCCGUUUAUUCGAGUACGACUCGCGCCUUACUGCUUUUGAGUUUGGAAACGUGCGACAUCCCAACGUGUUAAUAUUCGUAGGCGGCCUGACCGAUGGAUUCCUAACAGUUCCCUACGUUCCGACUCUUGCUGAAAAGCUCGCUAUUCACAAUUGGUCGGUCAUACAGAUCCAGCUUUCAAGCUCGUAUACUGGAUAUGGAGCCAGUUCGCUGGCGCAGGAUGCUAAGGAGAUCUCAAGACUGGUGACCGUGCUCAGAAGCUCUGAUUCCGAGAUUGGAAACAGGAGAAAAGUAGGUAUUCUGGGCCAUUCUACAGGAAGCCAAGACACCCUCUACUACCUUUCUAAACUUGAACGAAGCGCAGAAACGAGCAUUGACUUUGGAAUCCUGCAAGCUUGCACUUCUGACAGAGAGGCGCUAUUGCAAUUCAUGGAUCCGGUUGUGUUGGAAAACAGCAUCAAAGUGGCCAAAAAUCUAAUUGAUAAGGAGAAGGGGAAGCAGUUCAUGCCGUACGAUCUAUGUCCAGAUGUAUUUGAGUCUCCUAUCAAUGCUUACAGGUGGUACUCAUUGGCCUCGGAGCGCGGUGACGACGACUUUUUCUCUAGCUAUCUGGGGCCAGAGGACCAUAAACUCACGUUUGGUAAGGUCAAUCGGCCGCUGCUGGUUCUCUAUAGCGGGAAAGACGAGACAGUUCCAACGCACGUGAAUAAAGAAGCGGUUAUGGAAAAGUUCAAGGCCGCGACUGACCCCAAAUGGUGGUCCCCUUUGAGCACUGUGGUGCCUGGGGCAUCUCAUAAUUUAGGCUCUGAAAGCUCUGCGGGAGCCGCAGAAUUGGGACUGGAAUUGAUAGUGGAGUUCGUCUCCUCGAUAAAAUAG